AAAAAAAUAUUUAAUAAAAAUUUAUAUCAACAAUAGAAAUGACAAAUUAUUUGUAAAAUUCUCGAUUAUCGAUUAUCAUUAUUUUGCAUAGUAUUGUUUCAUCAUUACCGUCGUAUACGUUCUGUAAAAGUUUAAAAAAUAUCAGAAACAUAAUAUAUUAUUAUUUUGCAAAGAAAUUAACAAGAAUCAACACAAAAUGUUAAGAUUUAUGAGGAAAGGAACUCUUAUUUGUUUCCAGGUAAGGACAUUGAUAUUGAAUCAUCCUGCAUCACGUAAUUCGUUAUCUUUGAAAAUGUUGGAGUCUUUAUUAGUGAAUAUCAAAAAGAAUGAAGAUAAUAAAAAUCUUCGAUCUAUAGUUAUUAAAUCUGGAUUAGAAAGAAUAUUUUCUGCUGGGCACAACAUAAAGGAACUGACUGGUAACAAUGAGAACCUUCACAAGGAAAUCUUUGAAACAUGCUCAGAGUUGAUGCGAGCAAUUAUUCAAAGUCCUGUUCCUAUAAUUGCUGCUGUAGAUGGUGUAGCAACUGCAGCUGGUUGUCAGUUGGUUACUGCAUGUGACAUUGCUAUUUGCACUGAGAGAAGUUCAUUUGCUACACCAGGAGCCAAUGUUGGAAUAUUUUGUUCUACACCAGGUGUUCCCUUAGUUCGAAGUGUACCCAAGAAAAUUGCAACGUAUAUGCUGUUUACAGGUUUUAGCAUUAAUGGUAAAGAAGCAUAUGAAGCAGGGCUCGUCAGCAAGGUUGUACCAACUGAUAAAUGUGAGGAAGAAAUUGAAAAGAUUACUACAUCUAUAAACAUGAAAAGUCGUUCGGUUGUUCAUGUUGGGAAAACAUUUUUGUAUAAACAAUUGGAUCUUGAUAUAUCAACUGCAUAUUUCUUGGGAACUGAAAAAAUGAUUAAUUGUUUAAAAAUGAAAGAUGCUCAGGAAGGGAUCAGAAGUUUCAUUGAAAAACGAAAACCUGUUUGGACCCACAGUUAUGAAAAAAAUUAAUAUAAACUGAUACAUGGAGAUUAUACGUUAUAAAUUUCCAAUAAUGAAAUAGUUUUUAUUAUUUUUAUGGAAGAUGUCGUCAAGUAUGCGGCUACUUUUAUUGUAUUUUUAUAUUAAAUUAUCAUAAUUUUCACAUAAUUAAUAAUGUUAUUAUUUCUGUCAUCCUAUUUUCGUUCAUUAAUUUUUAAUUUCUUUCUUCACCAAUGAUUUAUAAUUUUAGGACAGAACACGAUAUUUUCAAUCGAUUUUCCUCUGUUUCAAUAGUGCAUAUCCAGGUCAUAUAACACAGAAUGAUAAUUGCGUAUUUUAAAUUCGAAAGGUCUUGGCAGAGAUAAGAAACUCGUGGUGGUCGGCAGUGUCAGCAAUCUCUGACGCUGAUAUCUUGGCUACUCAUUGCAGUCUUUUUUUUCUUCUUUUAUUUCUUUUUCUCUUUUUAUUUUCCAUUUCGUCUGUCGUCGAAUCUGUCUCUCCCCACUUGCUUGUGAGGCAAGUUCAUAAAUUGAAACCAAUUCGUUGUUACAUGAAGUUAGUACGACGUUGGGUCCUAACAAAGCCAGAGCAUCGAAUCUUUUGCUUCUGAGACGAUAAAAAAAAGUGCAUUUGUUGUUGUAUACAUUUUUUAUAUGUACAUUUCUAUAUUUAUUUCUUUCUUUUUCUGUUUUACAAACGACCUUCUGAUUAGUCGAUGAUCGUUUUGAGAAACUUUGAUCAAGGCUGCAUGAAGUUUGGAGCAUUGAAACAAGGCCGAGGAUCCCGGUGGGUGGGAGUUCAACAUCCCAGAAUUGAAAUCUGCCAAGAAAGUGUAAGAACGAUAAGCGUUAAAAGGAGGUUAGCAGAUCUGCUGUUCGAAACUUGCCAAGAUUGUGAAAGAAUGGCGGCUAUUCCGCAGGGUGCAUUUGCAGCGUGCAAAGUCCGCUGUAAUUUAGAGCGUAACGAUAUGAUAAAACCAUCGAUGAAGGAGAGGGGAAAAGCGGAUAAAGAAGGUACAUUCAAUAUGAGACCCUCAUUGGAAGGUUUGGAGCUUACACCGUUAAAGUACAACAGCAAGUUAAUGAACAGCAUCUGGGGACUUUACAAUCGUUAUUCGGUGCAUAAUUUCAAGAAAAACAACUCCAACGAUGGGGUGUUUGGUAAGCUCGUGGCGAUUUGCGAGGCUACUUCUCACAGCCACGCACACGCCGCGACCUCGGUGACUGCAACUGCAUUUGCCAACAAUAAAAUUAUUGCAAAUUAUGCAAAUAAUUGAUUGUUAAUUCGAGUAUAACGAUUGAAAGCAAUUCAUAAUAAUACUAUAGAGAUUUGCAACAGUAUUGCAUAUUCUUUUUACCAUUUUUUUUUUAAAUUGUAUAUAAAUAAAUAAAAUGGUUACAGUGCAACUUUACGAUGAAAUCUUAAUUUGUGCAUGUAAUUUAGAAACAUUAUUGUAACAUGUGUUUCACUAAACGCUAAAAUAUAGCGAUGGACAAUAUGUGGGGAAACGUGCAUGAAAUUAUAUUCCAGUUACAAUUGAAUGCAAUUAGGAUUUACAUUUUUGGAACAUCAGAAUUUAAAUAAAGUAUAGUCUUGUCGACAGGAAUGAAUACAUGUAUACACAAAUAACUAAACAUUUCCUUUAAUUGAAAUGGAUAUUACGAUUAGAAAAACUACAUGAAGAGAGGAUCAAGUCGGAAGUUUGCCCUAAGCAAAUGACGCUCUUCUCAAAAUUACCCGAGCAAUUAUUUUGAUUACAUUUCUGUGUUGCUCGACGUAUCACGUAGGUUCUUGGUUUUCUACGUUCUGGAAAAUCCUCGACGUUGUUGGAACUAUUAGAGAUAUCGAUAUCCAAAGAAAGUAACGAAGAUGAUAAAUCUGAUUUUGUUGCAGGCUCCGUGGAAAGAUUUUCUUCAUCCUUUUGAUCAUUCCACUGAGUAGAAUUGUUUCUUCUCUUCCCGCACGAGCAUUGUUUGCAACGACUUCUCUUCAAACGUGGAUGAUCUUUCACAUCAUCGACUCCUCCACAUACCGUGAACGUGUGCUCGUUCGAAUUUCUUACAAUCUUUUUCGUUAUCACAGCGUUCUUUAUUUUAGAAAAGCAAAGAUUGUUCGAUUGUUCAUGAUGAAAAUUCAAGUGCUUGGACUUUCGUCUCAGCUUUACUGUUUUCGUUUGUGUGUGUCUUGUUGCGGAUUGUUUGUCAUUACUGUCUGAUAGAAUUAUUCUCGUAUUGUCUGGAUAAUUUUCAAAACAAUACGAAUCCGAAAAGACAUUCACGUUGGACUCGAAUGGCGAGGUCAUUGGAUUUCCUAUUUGGAAAUCUAAUUCGCAACUUAUUUCGGAACAAUGUGGGACAAGAGUUGCAUAUUUCUUUGGAAAUAUUAUUUCGUUGUAUCGUUCAUUUUCAUGUUCUGCAAAUAGAAAUCCAUCAUCGUUAAUGUCAUCUACGUUUUCAAUCGGUAUGAUUGCUGGCGAGUUUGCGAUACGUUGACGACUUUCGAGCCUCCCGUUCGUUUGAAUGCCCCGACUUUUAAGAUAUUUAAUCCUCGUUGGUAUUUCUAAUAGAUUUCCUUUCUUUCGAGUACGAAAGAUGUAACUUAAAAACGAAGGCAAUCGAGGAUCCAUAUUCGUACAAGAAUAAUAAGU